AUAUUCCGUAAUAAUCGUGCUUCCAAAUGAACAGUAAAAAAUGUUUAGUAAUAGCGCCGAUACAUAGUAAACAUUAUUAUAGGUGUAAGCAAUGAUGUCAUAUACCUAAAUAUUACAACCGUUGUGUAAUUAAGCAAAAGUAAUAAAACUAUGUAUAGAAUGUGAUUGUCGGUAUUAUCUCGCUAACCUAUGAUUGUACGUUGUGCACCUUAAAGAAAAUGAUGAAAAGCAUAUUCGCAAGCAAAGUUUAAAUAUACGAAAAUAAAUAUACUCUAAAUCCGAGUGUAAAACAUAUAAAAAUCAGAAGAACGCAAUAGUACUGUGAAGGAUGUUUUUUUAAAUGUCACAAACAUAACCUUACAUUUCGGCAAAAAUAUGAAACUACUUAACAUACGAUUCACGUAGAUAACACGUUACUAAAAUACAGUUUAUUCAAGGAGUUCGAUAAAAUAAUGUACUCUAUACGUUUUAAUGGAUAAAAUUUAUAUUUCACGUAAGGAUACAGUAUCUAGAAAAAAAAUGUGCGACAAGUAUGUCAUUGGUUAUUCGAUAUCCGAAAAAAAGCGACAGAAAUUUAAUUUGAACGAUUUUUAUAAUCUUUGUGAAUCCGAAGGGUUCCUACUAAAGAUGAUUGAUAUAAACUCUGAUCUUGAGUCUCAGGGACCACUUCACGUUUUUAUAUAUAAAGUGACGGAUAAAUUAGCAUAUGCAGAAAAUGGUGACCAAAAUGCUAAAGCAAUCAUUUCAAGAAUUCAAGAGUACUGUUGCCAACAUCCUGAGAUAAUAGUUAUUGACCCUUUGGAUAAUCUUAAGGUUUUAAUAAAUCGUUAUAAAUCGUACAAACUCAUACAGGAGCAUGUACAAUUUAAUGGUAGCCAAGAAAAACAUUAUGUAUUUACUCCAAAGUUUGUAGAAAUUAAAAGUAAAAACAUUGUUGAGAAUAUGUCACUGUUAAAAAAGGCAAAUAUUAAAUUUCCGUUACUUUGCAAACCACUUAUUGCUCAGGGCUGCAGUGAUGCACACAAAAUGAUGAUAAUUUUCGAUGAACAGGGUUUGAAUGAUUGUCAACCACCUUGCGUUGCACAGGAGUUUAUCAAUCAUAAUGCAAUUGUCUAUAAAAUAUUCAUUGUCGGCGAACAUUAUCACGUAGAUGAGAGACCCAGUUUCAAGAAUUUUUAUGAAGAAGACUGUACCGCAUUAAACACGAUAUUUUUUAAUUCAGUUGAUAUAUUUAAGAGUGAUUCUCGAUCCAAAUGGUCCAUUUUAUCAGAAGAAGACAUUCCACCAACAGUAAAACCGAAACAUGAAAUAUUUGAAAAGAUUGUUAAGAAAGUUACAAAACUCUUUGGGCUUGUUUUGAUUGGUGUUGAUGUUGUUAUUGAGAAUCACACUGGAAAAUAUGCAAUUAUAGAUGUAAAUGUCUUUCCUGGAUAUGUUGGCUAUCCAAACUUUUUUGAACAUUUAAUAGGAUGCAUCAAGAAGUUGUUAGUCGAAAGAAGAGAUGUGCAGCAAAAUUCUAAAAGCUAUACAUUAAAAAAGUGUUUAAGCGACGAUUUGGAUUCUGGUUUUGAAAGCGAUGAAAAGAAGAAAUAUUCUACAAAAACAAAUAAAUAAUAUAAAUAACGGGUAUAUUAAAAGGAUGAAUAACUAUAUCAGAUUGAUAACCCAAUUUACUAUAUUCUAACAAGUACAAAGAAGUAUUGUUUGAAAAAAUAAUACAUACUUUUUUUUUUGUAAUAAUGACUUCAUUCAUUCUUCAGUCUUCGAAGGCACUUAAAACUUUUGUAACAAAUUUGUGUUUUACAUUCAGAAGUAUUUAUAUCUUUUUUACGUUUUUGGUUUAUUUUGCUUUCUUGAUAUAUAGCUAUCAUAAGAGAUUAAAUCGAUUUAUUGACUACAUCGACAUUUUUUAAACGAAUUGUAGUAAGGAACGUAUGACUGCCAAAAAAGUACUUUUCACUUAUAUACUAUACUUGCAAUGGUUGACAAAAACCUCGAGAAUAUAUGCAAAAGAAAUUUACACUUUCAUAGCAAAGUAUAAAAAAUGUACAUCAAAAUUAUGAUAAAGACAUUAAAAAUACAUAAUAACAUAGUUAUUAUAUAAUGUAACAUACAUUUUUUAUUUAAUUAACCCCAGCUUUAAGUUUGUU